AUGGAAUCGCUAAUGUGGUCCGGUGUUUAUGCGCUGCUGUUGAUAGUAAUUAAUGGUACUGUGUCAUCUAAAUUAGAUAAUGAACAUGAGGUAAUAAAUCUUGAAAAUGUUUUGGCAACAAAUGAUGAAAAAAUAUCCGAAGAUUAUCACGUUUUAAAAGAAUUCAAAGCGCUGUGUCAAUUUGCCAGUGAUUGUCGGCAUUCGUAUGCGUAUGCGUAUGUCUGUCGUGCAAGAUUUUGCGAGUGUGCUGAUGGAUUUCGACCGGAUGAGACAAAUACAACUUGUGUGGGUGCGGUCGGUAUGCCAUGCAUUUACGACAAUCACUGCAUUGCCCAUGCCUAUUGCCGAGCACAAACGGUGUGUAUGUGCAAAACCGAAUACGUGGAAUCUGACGAUAAGUGGUUUUGUGACGAGGAUUCAAAAGCAUCGUCACAUUUCGUCGGCAUCACACCAAGCACCGCAUACUUUAUUACUGCAAUCGUCGUUUGCAUUGCAAUAUUUUUUUAAGUCAACAAAACAUCCCGCAUCCCAAUGACGGGCAUUUAUGUGCAAAAUGAUAACAUUUGCUGAUUUGUACUUGGCAAACACAGUUGCUGCUUGAACCAAAUUACAUAGCAUUUAAUGCGAAUUGA